UUCUGGAAGCUCGCUGUGUCUUGUGCGCGUACCCUGUUCGGUCACUCCUUCGCUGUUUGUCAGAAAGGAUGUCGGCGGUGAAAGCUCUCAACCCGAAGGCGGAGGUGGCGCGGGCUCAAGCGGCUCUGGCCGUGAACAUCAGCGCUGCUCGCGGGCUACAGGACGUGCUCAAGAGUAAUCUGGGACCAAAAGGAACCAUGAAAAUGCUUGUUUCAGGUGCUGGAGACAUCAAACUGACUAAAGAUGGCAAUGUUCUUCUGCACGAGAUGCAAAUCCAGCAUCCCACCGCUUCUUUGAUCGCCAAGGUGGCCACGGCCCAGGACGACAUCACAGGCGAUGGCACCACAUCUAAUGUUCUCAUCAUCGGAGAGCUUCUCAAGCAGGCGGAUCUCUACGUCUCUGAGGGUCUUCACCCGAGGGUCAUCGCUGAGGGCUUUGAGGCUGCUAAAGACAAGGCUCUGGAGGUGCUGGAGGAGGUGAAGGUCACUAAAGAGAUGGACAGAGAGACGCUCAUCCACGUGGCCAGAACAUCACUAAGAACCAAAGUGCACGCCGAGCUGGCCGAUCUUCUGACAGAGGCUGUAGUGGACGCUGUUCUUGCCAUCAGGAGACCCAAUGAACCCAUCGACCUCUACAUGGUGGAAAUCAUGGAGAUGAAACACAAAACAGACAGUGACACACAGCUGAUCAGAGGUCUGGUGUUGGAUCAUGGAGCGAGACAUCCUGACAUGAAGAAGAGGGUGGAGGACGCUUACAUUCUCACCUGCAACGUGUCUCUAGAAUAUGAGAAAACAGAGGUGAACUCUGGAUUCUUCUACAAGAGCGCCGAUGAGAGAGACAAACUGGUGAAGGCCGAGAGGAAGUUCAUUGAGGAUCGUGUGAUGAAGAUCAUCGAGCUGAAGAAUAAAGUUUGUGCGGAUAGCAAGAAGGGAUUUGUGCUCAUUAACCAGAAGGGUACUGACCCGUUCUCUCUGGACGCGCUGGCUAAAGAAGGCAUUGUGGCACUGCGCCGGGCCAAGAGGAGGAACAUGGAGAGGUUGACUCUGGCGUGUGGCGGUAUCGCUAUGAACUCUUUGGAUGACCUGACGGCUGAGUGUCUGGGUCAUGCUGGACUCGUGUACGAGCACACACUGGCUGAGGAGAAAUACACCUUCAUCGAGGAGUGUGAUAACCCUCGCUCUGUGACGCUGCUGAUUAAAGGACCCAACAAACACACACUGAUGCAGAUCAAAGACGCUGUCAGAGACGGACUCAGAGCAGUGAAAAACGCCAUUGAAGACGGUGCGGUGGUGGCCGGGGCCGGUGCGUUUGAGGUGGCCGUGGCAGACGCGCUGAUCAAACACAAGCCCAAAGUUAAAGGUCGAGCUCAGCUGGGAGUGCAGGCGUUUGCUGACGCCCUUCUGAUCAUCCCUAAGGUUCUGGCUCAGAAUUCAGGCUAUGACCCCCAGGAGACACUUGUGAAGCUGCAGAGUGAAUUUAAGGAGUCUGGACAGCUGGUGGGAGUGGAUCUGGGCACAGGAGAACCGAUGGUUGCAGCAGAUGCAGGUGUGUGGGACAACUACAGCGUGAAGAAACAGCUGCUUCACUCGUGCACUGUCAUCGCCAGUAAUAUUCUUCUUGUGGAUGAGAUCAUGAGAGCCGGGAUGUCGUCACUCAAAGGUUAAAGUAGUCCUGCAGCGUGAAGAGGUCUCUUCAUCAGCUAAAUCUGACCAAUCACAUGUCUCUCCCCAUUUCACUCAAUUGGUUUAUUUAUGAGAUUGAGUUCAAGAACCACUGAACUGCUGUAACACACACUUUCCUUUGUAUCUAUUAAACAUUUUGGUUCAGA